GGCCAUCCGGGCACAGCAGACCGCCAGGGCGCUAAAUAGACCACUGACGCGAGACAGUACACAAAAAGCUCACGACGUCGCAGUCGACUCCAAGUUUUUAAAAGCAACCACUCCCAGCGAGCAAAAUGACGACCUCUGGCACCGCGACGCCGGAGACCUGCAAAGAGUGCGCGCCGCGCAAAGAGCUGCGCGCAUACGACGCCGACGUCGUCGACUACCUGAACGCCGCGCAGAGCGCCUUCCACUGUGUCGCCGAGGUCACGGCACGGUUAACCAAAGCCGGCUUCGAGGUCCUCGACGAGCGCAAGGCGUGGACCGUGCAACCGAACGGCAAGUAUAUCGUGACAAGGAACGGCAGCUCCCUUUGUGCUUUCGCGGUCGGCGGCAAAUUCAACAACGAAACAUCAGGAGCCAUUUGUGUGGGCGCCCACACGGACUCGCCCUGCCCCAAGCUCAAGCCCGUGUCGCGCCUGGAGAAGAGCGGCAACACGAUGUUAGGGGUGGUAGGCUACGGCGGCGGCCUCUGGCACACGUGGUUCGACCGCGACCUUACACUUGUCGGAAGAGCAUUAGUAAGGCGAAAGGGCCGCGUGUCGCAGGAGCUGGUACGGUUGAAUCGGGCCGUCUGCCGCAUCCCGACGCUUGCGAUUCAUCUAACUUCGGGCGACGAGCGGUCCAGCUUCAAGCCGAACCUCCAGCAGCACCUGCCGCCCCUCCUCGCGACGGGCAUCCAGGACGCUCUUGCAUCAGACGUCGCGAAGCGCCACGACGACGUCGUGGUCAAGCUCGCCGCCGAGGCGUUGACAUGCGGCGAAGACGAGAUCCUGGAGCUCGAGCUGCAGCUGGCCGACUUCCAGCCCGCGGCGCUGAUUGGGGCGCGGUCCGAAUUCGUCAGCAGCGGCCGCCUCGACAACCAGGGCUCGUGCUACUGCGGCACUACGGCGUUGAUCGAAUCCUUGGAAACGCUACAGGGCGACGCGUCUUUGAGGGUCUUGGCCAUGUUCGACCACGAGGAGGUCGGAAGUCUAUCACAACAGGGCGCGCAGUCGCCGUUUCUUGGAGACGUCCUGCGUAGGGCCUACAAGGGCUUGCGAGGUGCUGACUUCGACGCCUUCGUCGCCAGGAGCUUUCAGAUUUCCAGCGACAUGGCCCACGGGCUCCACCCGAACUACGCGGACCGGCACGACCCGAAGCACGCCGUGAAGUUGCAAGGCGGCCUGGUCAUCAAGCACAACGCGAACCAGCGCUACGCGACGGACGCCGUGGGGUGCGCGCUCAUCCGUCGCUUCGCGCAGAAGGCGGCCUGCCCGCUGCAAGACUUCGCCGUCAAGGCCGACAGCGGCUGCGGCACGACGAUCGGGCCCAUCACGGCGGCCGGUUUAGGUUUGAAAACGGUCGACGUCGGCCCGCCGCAGCUCUCGAUGCAUUCCUGUCGAGAGAUCAUGGGCGCCGACGACGUGUACUACGCGGUGAAGACGUUCCGCGCCGCCUUCGAGACGUACUCUGACGUAGCGAAGGCGGUGGACGUCGACGGCGUGGAUCCGUUCUGGGCUGAUCCUGGCAAAGGGUGGGGCGUCGCCGUAUCGGCGUGUUAAACUAUCACUACUAGU